AAUGGCUCCAAUCGACGGCAGCGGUUUAACUUCACAGAACGUGCCAUGAACACGAUCCAGACGAGAGUGUAUUUGCAACUGCUCUUUGAAUCAUCAAUUUUCCCUCAUUAUAGAUGGAGUUUGCAAGGAAAGUUCGCGAUGCAUUGUUUUUUAAAGAGAUGAAUUCGCGUAUUUCCCAUUUCGGCUUUUUUUCUUGCCUCAUUCCUUUGUUAGUAUUUUUAUACAGCUUCCUUUGUUCGAGAGGAUCUUCCUGCUGUACCCUCAGGACUGUACCCUAGCUACAAAAAAUACUUACAACACAAUGCCUUAGUACAAUCAAUAACAAUACGCGGAUAGUCUUAUGUCCCAUUUUUAACGAUACAUGAAAAAAAAAGAAAAAAAAGUUUGAAUAUUGAUUUUAGGGGACUCCAUGGUACAGUUUUUGCCCUUCUAAAAAACUACGGAAGCUUUUUUCUCCUUAUGAACCUCUCCCUUGAACCAUAAUCAAACCCGUCCUUGUAGUGAGAGGAAAACGCUUAGAAUAUUUAAUGAGCAAAUGAAAAGGCCAAAAAACGUCUUUACUUGUUCCUCAAUUCUUGUGUAAUAAGCGACGUAAACAAUAACAAGAACAUGUGCGUUUGAUGUGGAACUUCAGGAUGAUUGUUUUGCGGAAAAAAUACAAAUAUGGCCAAUGUUUUCAUGGACAGAGAGGUUUAGAUAGAAUUACAGUGCAAUAAAUGAGUGCAGAAUAUUGAUAUAUCAGCAAUGGACACCAUUCUACAAGAAGCAGUACCAAAACUUUUUGGUGAAGAUGUGAAUCAGAAGAUAGUUAGAAGAAUCAGUAAGGAUCUGGAGAAUCUAAAGGACUCUGAUCAGGAACUGCUGGUGGAGGAGAUCAGUUCCAACUUUAGAAAGUUGUUAAAUGAUGAUCCUGGUAAAGCACUUGUUACUGCAACUUUGCUAACAGACGGAAACCACAUUCUCAAGAGAGGUUUGUCUCCAUGUGUAGAAGAAGUCCUUAAAGUUUGCUGUAUCAAGAUUGAUUCCCUACAUGUAGCAGACUCAAGAAAACAGUCAGAAUUUCACAUUGCUGUAAAGGCAGUAUAUGGCAUUGUUCAGUAUGUUCUCCCUCUGGAAACUGAAAUAGUCCAGGACCUUGCAUUACAACACCAGCUGAAAGCCGUUUGUGUGUCACUUCUAAGAGCGGUUGUAAGCAAUAAGUUACCAUCUGACUGCAGCUUGAUUGUAUCGACUUCAUUGUGCAUUACCUCAGCUCUGCUUUGUACGAGGGAUGUGGAAUUGAAUUUCUUAAAGCUGAUAUGUGCUGUAAGCCAAGCACAGACUCUGAAAGGAAAAUCUGAAGACAGUGAAUGGUCUCUUCCUGAUAUUGAAAUAGAGGAAUUGGAAGAAUUCUGUAGAGGGAUAACACCAUCUCUCCCUAUUGUUUUGAUGUUUUAUGGACUAUUCAAUUCAAAUGCUGCUUGGUUAUAUUCAUCCAGGGGUAGAGGAAGUGACAGUGAAAUGAACACUCCAUUUCUCUAUGAAGUGCAUCCAGUGAUCAUGAAGAUGUGUAAAUCUGCAGCCAUCGUUUCAGGCAUUUCAGCAGAAGUACCAGUGCUUCACAUGUGGCUUGUGUGUGUGAGGAAGUACGGUAACUUGUUAAAGGAAGUAGAAUGUGAUAAGGAAGAAAAAACAGGAUGUAGCCUCAAGCAGCAGCAUCCAGCGUCCUGGUCAAUAUUCACGCUCCAGGCUAAUGAUAGCAAUACUAUAUUCCAUCUUUUGAAUUCUAAUUGGGAAAAUCCAGCUAAAGGUGUGAGCGAUGUUGUAUACACAUGUAUGUCAGAGUUAUUAGAGCUGCAUGAUGACAGACAGCCAGGUCAAGCCAAAGUACUAGCCAGCAACAUGCUAGAUGCUCUCGUCACUUCUGCUGCAUGGACAUCGAAGAGCACUUACCCACCUCUAGGCCUGGCCAUUUCUUUUGUAGGGGCAAAUGAGGCUCUACAGCAGCAUCCGGUAUUAGCAAAUGGUUUGACAGAGUCUCUUAAGGUGAACCAUCUGGCCUCAGCUGGCACUAAUGUGUACAAAAUAGUGCUUAGUCAGUUAUCUGUCAAUGCUUGGCAUCAGCAUUUCCUCCAUAUCAUUUGUGAUGGUUUACACAGCCAAGAAAGAAUGAUUCAACAACACAUUCUCACUCUGUGGCUUCCACCCACUCUCCGUCAGUAUGGCAGUGUAUAUCAAGAGCUGAUAGCCUUGUGUCGGGACUGCUCUUCAGGCUGGCUUGCACGCAUGGCUAUCUUGAGAGUGGCUCGCAGUCUUGGUGUUUUGGAUUUGGAAGAUAAUUCUGAUGUAGAAUUAGAGAGAAAUGAAAGGCAAGAGGCAAGUGGAGGAGGUAAUGGAAUGAAAACAGAGUCUGUUAUGGGCUGCGUCGAAUCUGCUCUAUGUUGUAUAGAUGAGGUGGUAAGGGGGGAAGCACUUGCUUUCCUGUGCUGUACUCAGAAGGGAUCUCAGCCAAUUUCCUCUAGAGAAAGUGAACUGUUGAGAGAGUUCUUUCAAUGGAAUAUGAAUAUUGACUCGGCUCCAUUCAGACAGAGUAUCAUCAAAUGCUACAAAGCUCUUGUAGUAAGACUUCGAGACACUUGCCAUGCUGAGCUAAAGAAGUCGGGUUAUAAAGCUAGUGAUUCAGAUGCUUCUUCAAGAUCUGCACUGCUUGAGAAAUUGCCAGUGCUGAAGGUGAACUGUGAACUUUUGAUAUGGCUUGUACAUUUUCUCCAUGACAACCUUACACCUGAAGGAAAUUACCAAAGAAGAAUACUUUCUCUACAGUUAUAUAGAGAAACCCUUUUAGCAUUUUAUGAGAGUACAAAGUCGGGUAAAUAUUCCAUAAGUGCAAGGUAUGCAACUGCUUGUGGGUUCAUUAAUGCUAUUGGAACAUUUGAAGCAAUUCAUAAGAUUGUGGACUUGACGUUACCCUGGACACAAGAAAUAUUACUUACAUUAUGUAUGGAUGAAAUGAACGACAUACGAGAAGAAGCUGAAUGGACACUCAAAAUUUUGGAGUAUUCAGAAAAUUCAUUGUGUUAUUCGGAUGCUCAUUUGUGGCUGUUGAGAGGAUUGUCUAUGUGCGAUUCUCCAAAAGCAAGUACUGCCGAAAGUGGAGCUACUCUUGUAAAGGUUGUCACGUCAGCUUGUCACGCAAGGGGUCAUGAUAUCACCACUAUGCUGAAGUUAAGUGUUCUAUGGAAGGCUAAGGAUUUUCAAAGCUUGUUGACUUUCCUUUUUUGUCGGGUAAAAGAACAGUUUGAAGCUGCUCAGGACAACCUUCUACAAGCUUCACAAAGGAGUCCAAUCCAUGGAUCUUUAAUGGCUUUAGGUUAUUGCUUAUGCAGAGAUGUAUUAACUACAACAAUGUCAAAGGGCGAGGUGCUGGAAUUCAUGACAAACCUAACAGACUUGUUAAUUGAUAUAAUUGAAUACAUGCUCUCCAAACUGGCAUGUGCAUCUCCUAAUGGAUCAGCUUUUGCACCAUCCUUUGCCGAGAUGGGAGAAUCAAUAGAAAUUAUCAUAAAGGAAUGUGAGAGCAAAGGUGUAGAAGGGAACCCAUACGGAGAAGAGCACCUCCAGCACCAAGAAAAUGUGGAUAUAACAGUAGAAGAGGAAGAAGAGGUGGAUAUAGAAGAUAAUGCUAUCUCUGGGAACCAUCAGUUGAUUCUGGCAUGCUGUUGGCAAACCAUGAAGGCUUGUUGUGCUGUAACAAGUAUGAGUGUCACACACUGGAUAAGACAUCUCAGUGAAAGUCUUGUGGAGAAAUUGCUUCAUGGUGUUGUUGUCAGGGUCCUCACAGGCACCAGACACAAGGGGGCAAUGGAGGCUGCCAGAGCAUCUUAUGGUCAGCUUUGUUCUGUUCUCCUCAGCAGCAACAGCAACCUUGGCCAUCUCAUAUACAAACAGGUGAAUGAAGUCCUUGAUCACAUAGAAUCAGGAGCUCAAACUUCAGUGACUCGUCGUGCGGCAGGAAUUGCAAUGAUGAUGCAGGUCGCCUGUGGGGCAGCACCUCGCACUAAUGUUGAUCUCAUUAAUACAACUGUUUUGAGGCUAAUUCGUAUUAGCCAGUCUGAAUAUGAAGAACAGAACACAGUAGAUGCAUCUCCGGUUCUGGCACUUCACAUGCUACAGUCUCUGGUGUUGCAUGCUCCCUUAGCACACCAUCUGCUUCUCCACCUCCCUGCUAUUACCAGUACCUGUCUGCAGGCCUUCACCAACCACUCAUGGGCACUAAGGAAUGCUGCUCUGCAACUGUAUGGGGCUGUAGUGCCAAGAAUGGUUGGACAGAAGAAGGUACGAGAUGAUUCAUCUGUUCUGAACAGUCUAACAGCACCAGAGUUCCUAGCCAGGCACCCAUCUCUGGCUCAGUCCCUGUUGAAGAUGCUCAUGGAACCAGGAGCUUUGGAAGAAGAGACACUCCAAAAUAAGGAGAGCUCUUCAGAAUCUGAGAUUAUGGAAAAAAGAAGCAGUUGUAAGAUUUCCAGUGAGCCUGGGGACAGUAUGUCUAUUAAGGUGUCCUCUAGCUUAGUACCUGUGCUCAGCUUGUUAGCAAGAUUGUCACCAGGCACAGGAUUACAACAGAAUGCUGAGGUAAAUGACAUACUCCAGUGUUACCGAACUGAGACAACACGGCUUUUAGAAUCACCCAUACACACUGUGCGCAGAUUAGCCUCUCUGGCUGUUGUUGCCCUUACUCCGUCAGAGGAUGUGUUACAACUAGUUCACAGCCAUGUUGAACUUCUGGAGAGACAAGGUAAAAUAAGUAAUAAUCAAACUCAUGGAAGUCUGCUGACAUUAACGAAUAUCCUGACGAGUUACCCAGACAUCCAAAAUAAUUCUACAGUAAGAGAAAAGAUAACUUUAACAUUAUUAAGCUUGAUUAACUCAGAACACAGAUGUUAUGUUAACACUGUCCUUGCAGUGAGAAUUUGCCAGUUGCUGAAAACAGAUGUUAAUUUUGGGAAAUCUGUGGCAAUUCAUACUGCUCACCCAGGAGCAGCAGAGUACUGUCAGCUCCUCAGCAAAAUGAAAAUGAAAGAAGUAACGAGUAAUGAAAUGAGAGAAUGUUUAAUAUCUUGGAUUUCAGAUCAUGAUAUGGAAGAAAUCUGUUUCGAUUAUAUGCAGGAACACAUAGGACAAUAUAAGAAUAGCCCAUGGUUGAAAGAUAUUGAAAAGCUCUUAUGGGAAAAACUGGAACACCAUACCACAGUACGGUGGAGUCCAGUUCUAAACACUCUAUAUUCAAUUAUCAAAGAACAAGGAUAUGUAACCCACACCCCAUCUAAAGAUAGCUUAAAGACCGUUUUGCACUUGCUCAAGGGAUACCAUGGGGUUAAAGUAGCAGCUCAAACACUCAGGGUUGUGUCAUAUCUUUUCAAAUGCAUAAGCUGCAGUCAGUGGCCAAACACUGAGAUCAGAACAGAGAUACUAAGUGCUUUCUCAUCAUUAGUCAGUAAAUAUGCCGCGCCAACCUCUACCGAAGAUUACAGGUUGGCGGCAAGUGAUGCUUUAAGGGUUGCCCUGAGAACAUUGUUAUUUAGUGGGCCUAAAUUACAACCUCUCUACUGUGAACAACUAGUCUAUGCCUGUGUUGAGCUCUUGCAAGAUGAAGAUUCCACCAUCAGAGAUUCUGCUUGUCACAUAGUGGAGUCUCUUAGGAAAAGCAGGAGUCAGAAUCUGGAAAGAGUUUCCACAGAAAUUAAUGAUUUGUCAUCAGAAACCAUUAAUUUACUUCAUCCAAAUCUCUCUCUAAGGGAAUAUUUUGGACUCUUAGCCUCUUGGAGUGCCAGUAGGAAAGACUGGGCCUUUCUGAGAAUAUUAUGGAGAAUAUCUAGCAACCAACAGCAAAGCCCUGCUAUAUCUAGCAGAGACGGAGAGAGUACUCUUAAGCCCAAGUCGUAUCUCUUUCAGUCACAUACCAUGAAUUUAUAUAAAGAGCCAAAACAUGUAAGUAUUAUCACAUCUGAAUUGUUAUUGAAGGUUCUGAAGGACCACAAAAGCUCAAUACAAUAUGAGGAAUGUGUGUGGCUUACAGAGGAAUGUCAGCAGCUUAACAAACAGGGGGAGAUUCUUCACCAUCAACUGUCCAGCAGUCCGGUACUAGCCUUACAGAAAGAGUUGCUUGUUGCAGUUAGCACAUAUAUACUCGCUUAUGAGACUUUAUUACAGAUUAGUACGAUUUUUAAUGUUCAACUAGAUCUUGCUUUUCCAAUUUCAUGGAAUUCUAGCAAGUUUUGCACUGUUGAUUUCAAGUGUAAAUAGUGUAAAUAAUUUUAAGAGUAAAUUAUACAAUGGGUUGAAA